CAGAAUGAAUGACUCAAGCACAACUCCUCCCACAUCAAUAAGAGUUGGAAGAUGGCGGCCGAGGGAGAGUACGAGUCGAUCCUGUGCGUUAAACCGGACGUUAACGUUUACCGCAUCCCGCCUCGAGCUUCAAACCGCGCCUACAGGGCAGCUGACUGGAAGCUGGACUCUCCAGACUGGUCCGGUCGGAUGAGAAUAACGGCUAAAGGAAAAGUAGCGUUCAUCAAACUAGAGGACAAAGUUUCAGGGGAGCUGUUUGCACAAGCACCCGUGAAGGACUAUCCGGGUGUUUCGGUGGAAACUGUCAGCGACUCCAGCCGGUACUUCGUUCUGAGGAUACAGGAUGACAGCGGCCGCAGUGCUUUUAUUGGAGUUGGUUUUGGAGACAGAGGAGAUGCUUUUGACUUUAACGUGGCUUUGCAGGAUCAUUUUAAGUGGGUGAAACAGGAGAAUGAGCUGAGUAAAAACGCCCAGCUCGGGGAUUCAGGACCAAAGCUGGACUUGGGCUUUAAGGAAGGACAGACCAUCACGCUCAAUAUAGGACAAGGAAAAAAGAGGGACAAGCCCCGCCCCCAAAGCUCAGGUGGAUUUGGACUCCUCCCACCACCACCUGGAGGAAAGAUAGCCCCUCCCUCCUCAUUGGGGUCAUCCAAUCACAACAUAGUUCCGCAGACAGGAGACACAGCUACAGGCUGCCUGCUGGAUCUGGACAGCAGCAACUCAAACGCAGUCGUCCCACCAAACCCUAGCUCAGAUCUCCUCUGGGGAGACUUCUCUGCUCCAAAGAGUUCCGUUCCACCUCCGUCUCGACUUCCAAACUCCACAAGCUGGAUCCAGUUUUGAGCCGACGCCGGUGACGUCACACGUGAUCCUUCAUCUCGCCCGCUUUUGUGUCCAUGGCUUCCUGCACAACGCGCCGAUUAGCUUCCACACGCUCAUCCUCAAGGCAGAAAACUCAGUUUCACCUCAUCAGGUAAAUAGAAAGACGAAGCCAUGAAACGAUGCGAGCCAUCUACAGAAGAACAUUUAAGGGCUACGUCCAGCAGAGCAGCAGGUGUUUUUAUUGUCUCUGUCUGAUUCAGCUCAUCUUUGAUAUGGGAUGGAUUUUCUGCUCCACAGCUCCUCCUGCUGGUUGUUCAGAGUUGGACGUCACAAAAAAAAAACUGCUGAGACCAUAAAAAAUUAAAGAAUCUAAGAAUAAAUAGCUACAUAUUUGCAUUAUUCAUGAAAUUAAAUUAAAUUUUGGUCAAAAACUUCAAAAAUCGGGCAUAAAAUACGCUUUUUUAUCCCAAGUGGCUUAAAAUUUCCACUUAUGUGGAUCGUUCCUAAAUAAAAGAAAAGUUAUGUUUUGUACUUUAUUACAAAAUUUACUCUAUUUCAGUAAGAAAACCAGUUUGAGAGAACUUGUGAAGUGUCUGUAGACUUUAAACCUGAAUGAGUUCUUUGAUUUAAAACCUCUAAUUGCUAUUUUUUUUUCAGUCAAAUGCGCAAUUUGCUUGAAGUUUAUUAUGUAAGCAUAUUUCAUAAAAAAAACACCUCAUUUAUAGUUUUACAUGUUAACCACUACUGGAGCCAAGAGCACUGUGCAGAAUCUAGUAUUUACUGAUUUAUUGAAGUAGAAAGUGAUAUUUUAUCAGCUAAAUAACUUUAAAAUAUUAUGAAAUACAUUAAAAUUACUCAUGAACAAAUAAAAUCCAGAAAUCUUUAAAGUAAAUCAUGUAUGUUUAUUCUGAGCUCCUCAGUAUCAGCUCACAGUUCCUAGCCUUUUAUCAUGCUUACAAAUACACAUUUAUAGAGAUUAAUGCAUAUUAUUUUUCUGCAUAGUUGCUUUCUGACAAAGUAUUUAAAAUAGUUUUCACCAUUUAACUCGAUUAAGCUUGUUAGGAACCUGCUUUUCCUGUGAGUUAAUCAAAUUUCAUGUUAGAGGAGCUUCAAUGUGGAAAAUAAUGCGUUUAAAACACAGUUGAGGGUUAACUUGACCCCCAUUGUUAUGUUUAAAUCUGAAGAAGAACAAGGAAAAGUUCUAGUUUUUGCAUCAAAAUCUAAGUGAAUUAAAUCCGAAAACCGUGAGAUUUGAUGCUUAGACUUAAUACAGGGUAUCCGUGGGUCCUUAAAAAGUCUUAAAAAGUCUUAAAUUUGCUUUUCCAUAUUUAAGGCCUUAAAAUCCUUAAAAAUGACAAAUAAUAUUUAAAUGCAGUUUCCAAAGGUCUUAAAUUACCAAAGACCCAGUAAACAAGAUAUUUUUAUUUCUAUAAAAUUUUUGUGAAUUUGUAGUUGGUGUUCAGCAUUUUUGUGUACGAUGUUGGCGUAAGCGGAACCGUACACAUUCAGUUGGUUGUGAAAGGGGGCUGUUUUUAGAUGAGCACAUUAGCUGGUUAAGCUAGUGGGAGCUUGCGCCAUGGGGAAGUGCAAGUUUAAUGGUAACUGGAUGGCUAAUCCCACGUUUGCGACGUGGCUAGCACCGGUUCCAGGCAAUAGCUGGAAAUUAUAGCUUAAAUUAAAUUUUAAAAAAUAGCUUAAAUUUGGUCAAAGUGGCCUUAAAAAAGGUCUUAAAAAGUCUUAAAUUUGGCUCCCUUAAACCUGCAGAUACCCUGUAAUAGAAUGAUGAUCCUGGAAAUUCUUGACUAAAGUUUAAGUCAGCGACGUAAGAAGCUUCUCCGUUGGAGGUGGUGUCCAUCACUCAGAACCUCAGGCUCACCAACGUAUCCUUAUAACUCCCAGAGUGAAAACGCGACAUGGAUGAUGGGAUUUUUGUGAGAUCCACGCCCGUCUGACCAAACGAUUGUUUUCCACCCAACUGAAUGUUUUCACGGCAGCAAAUGGAAUCUGACUGGAGUCGAUUGUGAGUUUAGACAAAGUUUACAGAUUCUCGUUUGUUCUCUACAGUAAAUUAGUUUCGAUGUUUGAUUAAAUGUGAUCAGGUCACAUGAGCUGUGUUUUACUAGCAUUAAGAUGCAGAACAGGGCUGCUUGUAUGGAGGUAUAUAUGGUGCAAAAUAUAGGAUUUUCUCGAUUUUUCUCUUUGACUUCUAAUUCCCAGUGAUAAAACACAAAUACCUUUGCACCAUAUGUACCUCCGUAGUCUUGUUCCAUGUCGUCAUGUGUGUUGUGGUUUACAUUACUACUGCUAGCUAAACGUUUCAUUCCGCUCUGGAUGUAAAAUGACUGGAUUAACUUGAUUUAUGACCAAUUUCACGAGAGGCAAUAAAACCUAUCAAAAGAUGAUCAAA